AUGCGAAAAUGCGGCGAAAAGCGACUGAGAGAACUCUUCGAAAGUGGGUGUUGUGGGGUUAGAAGUCGACAAGCGGACGAGGGCGGCACGAUCGCCACAGUCGCCGGCAGUAGGGUAAACAUCGUGGGUCCACAUGGUCGUGAAGGCACCGGGCAUGGAGGGAGCAAUCGGGGGAGUGUUGGUCGUCGCGGCGGCACCUGUGGCGAGACAUUGAGCGUGGGUGGAGGAAGAGGAGACGACAUGAUGCAUGCUGUUGAAAUUGCAGCAGAUGAGGGAACAGAGCCUGAUCACGGAAUAUAUCUUGGAAUAACAGAAGAAACCAUCCCAGAAUGUGAGCAGUCAUUAAAGCCUUACCGGGGACAACAUUUUGAGAACGUAGAGCAAGUUGUUGAGUUUUACAAAAAGUACACACAAGAGAUAAAUCGAAAGCUUGAUAUUGGACAUAAAGUAUUCAUAAAAAACUGUGGAAAAAUAAACAUAGGAACAACAACAGCAUUCAAGAUAUUCAAUGAGAUCGGGGGAGGUGCAAAUAUGGGGCCUACAUGCGUAGAGUUCAGAAAUUGCAAGCAAGACGUAAAUGCAAAGCUUGAUGAAGCAGAUGCACAAGCAGUGAUAGACAAGUACGCAAAGAAGCAAGCGUUGUACCCAAGUUUCACAUUUGAGUACGAUGUGGACGAGGAAAACCAGCUACGCAGGGUGUUCUGGGCAGACCAAACGACAAAAACACAAUACAAAUGCUUCGGAGAUAUGGUGUCAAUCGAUGCAACGUACCGAACCUACAGGUACAAACUGGUAUUUGUGCCAUUCACCGGGAUAGACAACCACAAGAAGUGCAUAACUUUAGCGGCAGGCCUUAUAGCAAAGGAAGACAUCGCAUCUUACGUGUGGCUCCUAGAUGCUUUUAAACGAUGUAUGGGGCGCGCUCCAACAUGUAUUAUAACGGACCAAGACCCGGCAAUGAAGGAAGCAAUGCCGCAAGUGUUUCCAGAAACUAGGCACCGAUUCUGCAUUUCGCACAUAAUGACCAAAGUGGAGGAGAAGGUUGGUGGGAAAUUAGCAAAAGACAAAAAGUUCAUAAAGGAAUUAAAUGCAAUCGUCUUGGACAAAACCUUGGGACGUGAGGAGUAUGAAAUACAGUGGAACACAUUAAUAACAGAGUACAGCCUCGAAGAGCACAAGUGGUUCAUACAAAUGUACGAGAUCAGAUCAAGUUGGAUAGAGGUGUACUACAACGACGUGUUCGUGGGAGGGUUAAUGCGAACGACAUCCAGAUUAGAGUCAGAAAAUGGACUAUUUGGGGACUGCAUCAACACACAUGGAACAUUGUUAGAAUUCUUCACCCAGUUCAAAAGCGCAAUCGAGAUGCAGCGGCACAACCAAGCACGAUUAGUCGCAGAGUGCGAAACGUCUUACCCACCCAUGAAGACACCACUACAAAUUGAGAAACAUGCAUCUUCCCUAUACACCAAUACAAUUUUCUACGACAUCCAAACAGAGAUAUUAGAAGGAAGUAUCUCAUGCAAAAUAUCUAGAAAGGAACAAGCAACUGAUCACGUACUAUAUACAAUCCAAGAGGGAAAAAAGAAGAGCUUCACAGUACAAUAUUAUAAAGAGAAUGAGACAGUGAGAUGUUCCUGUGGGAAAUUCACUAGGGUGGGAAUAUUAUGCAAACAUGCGUUUGCAGUAUUGAAGGAUGAUGAUGCAGAAGUGAUACCGGAAAAAUACAUAAUACCAAGGUGGACACGGAAUGCAUAUGCACACAACCGGGCCAACGACGACAUUCAACAAGGAGGAUCAGACAAUACAGAAAUAGAAGAGAAGAGACUAACAGCUAAACUAUAG